AGUGCAGACGACGCUAUUGGAUGAAGGACGGCCAAGUGAAUUUAUUUAAAUGGACAGCUACUUCUAAUGUCUUGGUGACAGCCAUGCUGGUUAGGUGGAACUGAAGACAGCAGCGCCACACCAAGAUUCUCCAGAUUUCUCCAUAGGGAGCAGGCAGAUAUCCCAGAAGAAGAAGCCCAAACUGGAUAUGUAGCUUCUUUGCAAAAGAUUACUAUGUUCUACCUUACUCCUGACAAAACCCUUGCUGCCUAGGACAGUGGUGGGCUGCAUGGCGGCACGGCGGCUGUGACAGUCUGUGCUGCAGAGCAAUGCAGAAAGCAAUUACGAGCCCUCAGGCAUAUUUAUGUUUUAAGGUCUCCUGCUGUUGCACUCAAAAGUCAUAAACAAGGGAAGAUGUAUAAUUUAACUAAAUUAAAUACAUGCCUGGGCGAAAAUAAUUUGUUGUAAACAUAAAGUAAAGGAAUAUAAAACAAUACAAGUAAGCUUGAUGUCAGCAAGCAAAAAGUGCAUGGGUGAAAAAUACUUGAAUAUUUUCGUUUGAAAACUUUGCUUUAAACAGAUUAAAAGUAUAAACACUCACAUGUGCAUGUUUCGACAAAUGCUUCAUCAACUUCAUAAUUAAAGAAAAGAACAAUUAUGACAAAAGCCCUUGUAAUAAAAAUGAGCCUAAAGAACUGUUUUAAGAAUUAUAUCUCGGACUAGGAAACGCAUGGAUAUUAAACCUGUCAGGGAAACUUGAAGAGAAAUAAACAGUGUUACAAGGAUAGCAAGGGGGGCCACUGCCGACUGCCGGGAUGUACAAUGAGACGUAUGGUCCCCACUGGACUGGGAACCAGCCGCCCCAUCGGUGGUUCAGUGCAGACUGUUACACGGGGAUCAACAUGGCGGACCGCCACCAGCGGGAGGAGUUCAGUCUGUGGCCGCCCAUGCAGGCAAGCACCCCGGUUGCCACGGACAACCACAGCCCGAUGAUGUCAUCUGCCACAGAUCUGUUCAAGUGGAAAGCGUCUUGUCAGGCCAGUCAUAUUGCUCAAGACUUUGGCAACAUCACAUCGGAUGCUAUGAAUAACAACCUGCACCAUUUGAGCAGACACGAGAGCACCAGCAGCAAUGGCAGUUACCGUAGCAACGGUGCGACCAGCGGUCUCAACACCCCAACAACGCCCGGCAACAAUGGUGCCUCGUCUCUAGUCAUACCCCAGCCAGUGAAGCCAUCUAACAUGAAGCAAGCCAGUAAAACAUAUCAGUGUAAAAUGUGUGAGCAGAUAUUUUCCACCAAGUCUGACCUGCUCAUUCACUGUCAGCAGAUCCACAAGCAGGACAUGAAGACAUUCAGCCCAUCAGCAUUUAGAUGCCCACAGUGCCAGAAGUGCUUUGCCAACUCGUCGUACCUGUCUCAGCACAACCGCAUUCAUGCAGGCAUCAAGCCGUACAAGUGUGACAUCUGUGACAGAAAGUUCACCCAGCUAUCACAUCUGCAACAGCACAUACGCACACACACAGGAGAGAAGCCAUACAAGUGCCACCACACGGGCUGUGGGAAGGCGUUCUCUCAGCUCUCCAACCUGCAGUCACACUCCCGCAGUCACAUGACAGACAGGCCGUAUCGCUGCAACUCCUGCUACAAGUGCUACGCUGACGAAGCUGGUCUUAGAGAACACAUACCAAAACACAGCGAGACGAAGCACAUCAAGACCCAGAUCUGCAAAGUGUGUGGGAAGGCUUACACGCAGGAGACCUACCUGGCAAGGCACAUGCUGAAGCAUACGGGAGAGAACAGCAAGCUCCUGGUGCAUCAGGGCUCCUCGGUCAAACAGGAGCCUUCAGAUCAGUCCAGUCUCGAUGCCGCUGUUGACUUCACCCGUCUGCUGGACCGCGUCGAUCGCAUGACCAGCUCUGCGCAAGACAUGUCCAGCUCCGGCAUCAAACCACCUGGAACAUCUAUGUCGUCUGCUUUCAUGCCGCUUGCCCAGUUUUGCUCCAGUAACGGGAAUUCAUCUUCAUAUCCGUAUGGCACCAGUCUGAAUUCUGGACUCCAGUCUGCGUUAAAUUCAAGCAAUUUGAGCCCGUCACUGCCGCAUAUAUCGUCAAUGUCGAAUCCUAGGUAUUUUCCCUAUGAUCCGCUGGGAUUUCGCAAGUCUGAUCCUGUUGAUAGGCUUGUCAAUGAGAGAUUAGCUAAUGAUCGGUUUGUCAAUGAGAGACUUGUCAACGAGCGUUUAGUCAAUGAUCGCCUUGUCAACGAGCGUCUAGUGAACGAGCGCUUAGAACGAAAUCUGAAUGUUCAGUCACGACAAGAAAACGUAUUAGCAAACAGCUUUCUUAGUUUGCAGCAUAUAAAAAAUUACGCUUCGCAGCAAAUGCAGCCAUCGUUUUCACCAUGCCCCAACGGUAAUUCACGUCUGACAUAGGGGGGUCAAAAUGACACUAGAGUUUAGUUUAUGUCUUUUAACUCCACUGUUUGUGACUUUAACUCAUUGUUGUACAAAUACAUUUUACAUUAUGUAUACUAACAUGUAAUUUGUUUAUGUUAUUUUAAUAGCUACAAGCAUUAUUUUAUUGUUAUUCUAAAUGUGUGUAUUAUUAUGGCAUUGACUGAAAAGGUUAUCUCAAGAUGUGUUUUGAAUGAAUUCAAGAGGUGACGCCCAUUUGUUAUCACAAACAAGGCAAAAGUGGAUUAUUGAGGUUAACAAUAGAAGUUUAUCCCUGCAUAAAGGUACACAUUCUUGAAGAUGAGCUGCAGAUGCUACAAUGUAAUUGUUCAACGAAAUAAACAUGUGCCACAGAUUGUGUGAGAAUGGUUAAGAAUAGGCCAUUAGAUGUAACAUAAUGGUUUGUAACACAAAUAAUUACACCAGGGUGAUGGUGUUAGUGUUGUUCUGUGUUCUAAUGGGAGAUAAAUGACUCCUUCUUGUUAUACAUGUAUUUAAAUAUGAACUGUAUGUGCCCCUAAAAAAUAUGGGAGUAGGAUUAUAUAGCUUAAGGAUUCUAAUAGCUGUGGUAUACGAAGCUUAAAUACAAGUCUUGCUUCGAUUUUCAAUUACAAAUCUCUUAGUUAUUGUAAAAUAUAUUAAUUAUGAUUUGUUAUGUAAUCAAAAUAACUUUUUUGUCAAUGUGAAUGUAAUAAUUUGUGUUGCACACAAAGGUUAAAAAUCACAUUCCUUUAUAAAGUGUUACACAAAGUGUUGGAUAACAGAAGUGUUGCCUGUAAAAGAAAAGCCUAAAACAAAUUUUGAAGUGCUUCAAAAAAAUUACUUUCAUUGCAUGCUCAAAUACAUGGUGUGUACUGGUAAUAGAAAUAAGCUGAAUAUGAUUGGCAUCAUGCAAAAAUGGUUGUUAGGCCAUUUGUGGUAAGUGUAGCUACUGGCCCGUCUGUGAUAUUGCACACUCUGGCCAUGAGCUUAGCUGUCGGCUUGUACGUCAUGUAAGCUUUACUGACUUUAUUAGCGGACAGGUGAGCUCCUGACCAGACUGAGCAGAUGUGAAGGCUGGCCUGGACCUAUGCUUGCGGCAUAAACCCCAUUUUUGCAUGAUGCCGGUCAUAUGUUUAUCCAGAUGUCAUUCUAUAUUUUUUAGGGGAACAGUUACACAAGAAUUGAACUGACAGCAUUUGAAUUAAGGCUCAAAAUUGAUAGUUGUGUUUCUUCAUUUAUUUACAAUAUUUUAUGGAACUGUUUAUGUAUACCUAUAUAUGUAGAUUAUUAAUUUUUAGUGCUUAUAAGGGGGAAGCUACUUUUAAUACUUUGUAAAUAUAUCUUUCUUCAGUCUUGUAUCAGUUACCACAACUUGCUGUUUAUAUUUUUGCAGUGUAUUGUUGGUGCUUUUCGCUUUUAUAUUUUUGGAACACAAUUUCCUGCUUCAAACCAUAUAUGUGGGAAAAUUCAAGCAAGUAGCAAAAAAUAUUUCAUAGAAACAUUGAAAUUACUAACUGUGUAAAAAUAUCAACUGUAAAACAACAUUUGAAGUACAAGUACAGAUAUAAAUACAAUCCUAAAUAAUGUACAACUUCUGCUUGCAGAAGAGCAAAAACUAAGAUAAUAAUGACAUUUUCUAUAAAAUCUGUAAUGAUUUUUUUUAGCAGAAAUAUGUCUUGUGUUCAAACAUUUUUGCCUUGAGUUGUCCACUGCCUGCCAUAUUUAAAUGUGUAAGUGAAUAACAUUUGUUCAGUAUUAUGUACAGAGAUUUGUUUAAGAAAUUACUUUUCUCCUAAUAUUUGAGGAUGUAUUUAUUAAAUAAACCCCUGUCUUUGUGUAUAUUUUCGUAGUUAAGUCUCUGAAAUGUUUAUAUUUUUUUAGGAAUUUGUGGAUGAUAAAAUGGCAUAAAACUUUGUUGGCUGCACCGAAGAGCUUUUAUAUUUAUAUAUAUAUUGUAUUCACUUUAAUAAUGUUACCUUGACAGUCAGUGUAAAAUGUGGGUGUAAAUUGUUGUUGAUUAUAUUGUUGUAUAUUAUUGAUUGAUAUAUGUGUAUAUAUUGAAGAUAUGUUGAUGUUUGUAAUCAUCUUUGUUAAAACGCUGCAUUGCCAUACAUUCAACAGAAUAGUGUAUGUCACAUGCAUUGCCAUACAAGUAACAUUCAACAGAAUAGUGUCUGUUACAUGCAUUUCCAUACAUUCAACAGAAUAGACAUGUGUAUGUUACAUGCAUUGCCAUACAUUUAGCAGAAUAGUGUUUGUUACAUGCAUUGCCAUACAUUCAACAGAAUAGUGUAUGGUACAUGCAUUGCCAUACAUUCAACAGAAUAGUGUAUGUUAAAUGCAUGGUCAUACAUUCAACAGAAUGGUACAUGGAUUGCCAUACAUUCAACAGAAUAGUGUAUGUUACAUGCAUUGCCAUACCUCUAACAGAAAAGCUGCAUAAUUGUUUGGUGAAAGCAUUGCAUUUUAUUUCCUUGUACGAUUUUUUUUACAUUGACCAUCUUUAGAACUUCGGCACAUUUAUUAUGUAAGCACGUUAAUACAUGUAUAUUAACCUACAUUUUACAAGGGCAGUUUGAAAUAAAAUGGCUGUAGGUUUUUUAUUAUCAACUUCUGUCUUUUCAUUCAGGUGUGCAAACUUCAGGUUUUUAUCUUUCUUAAGAAUUUUUAUUAGGCUUGUUUGGUUUUCUUAAAAUUCAAAACAGGAAAUAUGUUACAAUACAGUUGAAUGGAAGGUAGAUGUAGCUAUUUUACAUCUGAUUUUGUAAUUUUCAACUAAACAUUCUUUGUCAAGAAUGUCAUGAAAUUGAAUUAAUAGUAACAAUAAUGUAGUUAUAUACCUAUACUUAUUGCCUCUGAGGUGUUUAUGUUUACAGCAUUACAAUUCUUAAUAUAUGGUAAGUACAGCAACAGUUUUCAGAUGUAUGAUGUCCAACUAUAAGUUUGUUAUUAUUAUUGAUUUAAGUGUUUGUAUAAUUGUUUAUAUGUCUAUUUAUUGCAAAGUGCUUGUUCAACUUAAGAGUUGUAAUUUAUCAUACAUUUGUGGUUUUAAAUGUGCUCAUCAGUUAAUUUGUUGUUAUUGUUGUAUCAUUCUAACAGGUAAUGCCUGUCUAAAUAUUCAUGUACUGGUAGACUAUAGUUAGAUAAUUAUGUUAUUGAGUUUUUGCAUGUUUUAUAUUCAAUUUAUGAUGUGUGACGCACUCUGUUAAAUGGGGAUAUGCACAUGUUUCUGAAGUGUCAUCCAAGACAUCUGCACAGGCUAUAUCACGCAUGUAACUUUUAGCCCUUUUUGAAUUUUUGCUAAGAGCAGACAUUUUAAAGCAAAAAAUACAUUAAACGCCAAAAGUGUCGUCCUUGAUAAACAUUUGCUAAUCUGGGAUGACACUUUAUGCCCAUGAAUUAAAUCAGUUUUCGCAGAACAUGGCUCAUUUAUAGACAGUGCAUGAUUGAGCUUCGAGAAGCGAUCAUGCUGAUAAUUAAUAGAAUUUCAACUUGUCAAAUCAUAAUUACUUUCUUACUAUAUUUGUAUGGCUCUGACAGUUACUUUGUAAUUUCUCAUGCAAUUUUAUAAUAACUUAAAUGACAACCUUGAAGAUGCAGACGCUUGUUUCACCUAUCUCUCUUCCUCAAAGGUCAACUUCAUACUUAGAGGUCAAAAGUCAAAUUUGGCUUAUAAAGAGUUUGUUGUUGUUGUGAGUGGAGUUUUCAGACAUAAGUGGAAUGUGGGCACGUCUGUGUCCUAAGGGAUACAUGCAUUGAAAAGCAGUAGAUAUGUUAACCAGUACGCAAGGAAAACAUUUUGUUGGUAUUUGGUAUUCCAGCAAUUAUUGCUUUUAAAACAGCAGAAUACUAUUUGAUAAAUAAUUGAUAAAAUUACUUGCAUUUAUAAAUCGAUCAAAAGACACAUUACUUGACUAGAAAUCAGUUGUUUGUCUCGUUUCUAUUUGAGCACUCUUAUUUUUUUAACACUGAUUGUGCACAUUUUUUUUAUUAUUAAAGUUUUUUUUAUUGUAUCUAAUAUUUACUGCAAUUUUGAUGUUUUUUAUGCUGAAAAUGUUUGUUUAUGAUGAAUGUUUCUGUGUUAUUAAUUUGAGACUAAAUGAUCGAAUAAUGCUCAGUUUUUAUGCCCCCCUUCGAAGAAGAGGGGGUAUAUUGUUUUGCACAUGUCGGUCGGCCCGUCGGUCCGUCCACCGAAUGGUUUCUGGAUGAUAACUCAAGAACGCUAAUGCCUAGGAUCAUGAAACUUCAUAGGUACAUUAAUCAUGACUCGCAGAUGACCCCUAUUGAUUUACAGGUCACUAGGUCAAAGGUCAAGGUCACUGUGACUCGACACAGAAAAAUGGUUUCCGGAUGAUAACUCAAGAACGCUUACGCCUAGGAUCAUGAAACUUCACAGGUACAUUGAUCAUGACUCGCAGAUGACCCCUAUGAUUUUCAGGUCACUAGGUCAAAGGUCAAGGUCACAGUGACUUGAAACAGUAAAAUGGUUUUGGGAUGAUAACUCAAGAAUGCUUAGGCCUAGGAUCAUGAAACUUCAUAGGUACAUUGAUCAUGACUGGCAGAUGACCCCUAUUGAUUUUUAGGUCAAAGGUCAAGGUCACAGUGAUUCGAAACAGUAAAAUGGUUUCCUGUUGGUAACUCAAGAACGCUUAGGCCUAGGAUCAUGAAACUUCAUAGGUACAUUGAACAUGACUGGCAGAUGACACCUAUUGAUUUUCAGGUCACUAGAUCAAAGGUCAAGGUCACAAUGACUUGAAACAGUAAAAUGGUUUCUGGAUGAUAACUAAAGAAUGCUUAGGCCUAGGAUCAUGAAACUUCAUAGGUAUAUUGAUCAUGACUGGCAUGUGACCCCUAUUGAUUUUCAGGUCACUAGGUCAAAGGUCAAGGUCACAGUGACCUGAAGCAGUAACGUGGUUUCUAACGUAUUCACACAAUGGCUGCCACUACAACUGACAGCCCAUAUGGGGGGCAUGCGUGUUUUACAAACAGCCCUUGUUUAAGAGUAUUCUUCCUUAAAAUAAAUAUUUAUUUAUCAGUGAACUUCAGAUGUCAAAAUGUAAUUCAACAACGUUUCAUUGCACAUUCUUUUUCCAUAAUCUUAAGCUGCAAACAAUGAUUGGGUAGAAACGUUGGCACAUAUUUUUGUUUAUAACUUAUUUAGCAGAAUUAUUCUUACUUAGUGGUUAGAACAAUUGGGUUAACAUUUCCAUGCACAAACUCCCUAUCUCGUAAUUUACCACAGAUAUUUAAUAAUUUGUAACAUAUGAUCAUGGGCUAUAUAUGUACAGUCACUGACUUCUUCAUUUACUUAUACAAGCCAUGGAUAGGGUUUGAGAGCAACAGAUCCAGUCCUGGCUGCAAUCCUUGGAUAGGGUUUGAAAGCAACAGAUCCAGUCUAUGCUGGGGAUGGGGUUUGAGAGCAACAGAUACAGUCUAGGCUGGGGUUUGAGAGCAAAAGAUCCAAACCAGGCUGGGGUUUGAGAGCAACAGGUACAGUCCAGGCUGGGGUUUAAGAGCAACAGUUACAGUCCAGGCUUGGGAUGGGGUUUGAGAGCAACAGAUCUUCUCCAGGAAGGGGUUCGAGAGAAACAGAUCCAGUCCAGACUGGGGUUUCUGAGCAACAGGUCCAGACCAGGCUGGGGUUCGAGAGCAACAGAUAAGUCCAGGCUGGGGAUGGGGUUUGAGAGCAACAGAUUAAGUCAAGACUAGGGAUGGGGUUUGAGAGCAACAGAUUAAGUCCAGACUUGGGAUGGUGUUUGAGAGCAACAGAUUAAGUCCAGACUGGGGAUGGAGUUUGAGAGCAACAGAUCCAGACCAGGGUGGGAAUGGGGUUUGAGAGCAACAGAUACAGUCCAGGCUGGGGUUUGAGCGAAACAGAUCCAGACCAGGGUAGGAAUGGGGUUUGAGAGCACCAGAUCCAGUCUAGGCUGCAAUCCUGGGAUAGGGUUUGAGAGCAACAGGUCCAGUCCAGGCUGCAAUCCUGGGAUGGUGUUUAAGAGCAACAGGUCCAAUCUAGGCUGCAAUCCUGGGAUAGGGUUUGAGAGCAACAGGUCCAGUCUAGGCUGCAAUCCUGGGAUAGGGUUUGAGAGCAACAGGUCCAGUCUAGACUGCAAUCCUGGGAUAGGGUUUGAGAGCAACAGGUCCGGUCUAGACUGCAAUCCAGGGAUAGCGUUUGAUAGCAACAGGUCCAGUAUAGGCUGCAGAUAAUUUGUCUUUACAUUGAAAGAAAAUUAUAAUGUCUUAAUACCAUUUUCUUGUUCAUAGUAAGGCAUCUAAACAUAAUGACACUUAGUUUUCAGACAGUCUUCAUUUUUAGACAUCCCCAUUUUUAGCCAAAAUAAAUUUUUUUUGGACUUGUUGAUUUUUGCCCAUAAUUUAUUACUCCAAAUUUUCGGACAAUUCAUUUUACAAUGUUCUUUUAACAGAAUUCUGCCAUAUUGUGCUUAUGAGGUGGCACUUCCAUCAUGUAUUUUUACAACUGGAUUAAGGUCAUACCGGGCAGAUGAAUGCCUUAAGGCAAUUUACCAUUACAUUUGCCUUAUUGCAUAGCAAUAAUAGAAAUUGGUUUCACCCAACAGCUUAAAGUGAAACAUAUAUCAAAAUAAUGUUUGCUAUACCCCAUGGUACUUCAAAAGCCUGUGCUAUUAUUCGCGUAAACAAUUUUCGUUAUACAUAUCGCAUAUCUGAAUGCGAUCGUCAAUGCAACAUGUCUCUUAAUUUUCGAAACCUGUAUUUUUGUCUCUUAAUUUAAAUUAUUUUGAAUAUUUCUGUAUCUAAAUUUUCAGACACAAAAUAAUUAAAUUAUUUUAAAGUGUACGAAAAUUUAAUGGAUAAUGGUUUUUUUUUUUUAAGGUUUAAGAUAUUUAAGUUUUAACAAUAUCAGAAUUUCUCAUGAGCUGACAAGCAUCAAGUUGCUUGAAGUACUUUUUAUUUGUUGACGUUCCUUUUCGAACAAUUUUUAGUCAUUUGGCUUUUAUUGAUUUUUUGUAUGUAUAAGAUGUUCCAGACAUUCUGAUUUAUGGGAUAUUCUGUUCUGUGUUUUCAAUGUAAGGGAUUAAUCAUUAUACAUGUUAUCAUUUUGUUGCUGACAGACAACGCUAAAUAUCUGUAGUGCUAAGUUUAUAUGGUUACUAUUUGUUAUAUAACAAACAGCUUUUGUCUGAAAAUACUGUGUGUAUCAUAUUUUAACCUUAAGUUUAAUUUAGCAUCUCGGGAUUGUAUGCAAUUAAAUAAUGCUUGCCAGUCAUUUUACCCAAAGAAAUGCAUAACUGCUAGUUUCUUUUGAUUUCAACAAAAAUCCAAUUUUAUUAGAAUUGUUUAAAGGGACCUUUUCACAGAUUUUGGCAUGUAUUGCAGUUUGUCAUUAAAUCUUUAUAUUGAUAAAUGUAAACAUUUGAUCUUGAAAGCUACAGUAAAAGAAACAAGAAUAAAAUUAAAGAAAGAAAAAAAAGUAACCCUCAACUGGGCUGGAACCACUGACCCCUGGAGUAAAAGUCUUACUCUUAGACCACUCGGCCAUCCGUGCCCAUACAAUGAGUGAUAUGUCCAAUACUUUAUAUAAGCAGUAUAUUUUGACAAAAUAUAAAACGACAACAACAGAACUCUCCAAAUUAUUGUUUUGCGUUGCAAUGCUUUAUUAUUUUCAGGUUUUUAAAUCAUGAAAAGAUGCAUUUAAUGGAUAUUUUAGAGCAUGGUAAAUGUUCAGUAUUACUGUUUAUGAAAAAAUAUAACUACAACAAAAAAUUGUGAAUCUGAGAAAAUAUUUUUUCAAUUUUGUAAUUAGGUCCCUUUAACUUAAAUUUGUAUUAACAAACCUUUAAGCAAAUAACUUAUCAAAAUAAGCAAUUGUUAUAUUUCUGAAAUGCAUUUUUUAUUAAUUGGUUUGUGUGAGUGUCUUUUCCUCAUAAACAUUUUGUCAGAAAGCCAAAAAUUCUAAGUGUGUGACUAAGGACAAAGAUACAUGGUACAGGGUUAAUUUUUAAGUAAUUUGUUUACUCUUUUUUAAUACAAAACUGAAAUAUAAUGCUCAAAUGAAUAAAAGUAUCAGUUUAUUCCCAAUGCACUUUACUAGUUUUUGCAAACAAAAUAAAUAUUUUCUAAACAUUAACUUUACAGAUAUCAGAUAAAAUAGGUAAUUUCUCUGUAUAUUAACUUUCCAAUUUUCACUUUGCUUCUGAGUGGGAAAGGGUUAAAUAUCAUUUGACUUACAAUAUUAACAUUAGAAGAAAAACUCGAAACAUUUUAUAUAGUAUUAAGUGUUUUUAGUAUUAACACUAAUCAAAAUAAAACUGUUAACAAUUUUAUAUUUGAACUGUAAGUGUAAACUUUCUUAUCUUCAUUGACUUUUCUAUGGUGUGAUGUGUUUCUGAGUGUAGUGUUGAUGGUGUAUCUAUGGUAACAGCUUCAUAUUGUGCAAGUGGACCUGUGAGUGUAGUCGUAUUCAGUAGUUACCGCUAAGCAAAUUAUUGCUUCGUUACCUGUAAAACAAAAUAAAAUAUUUCAACAAAGUUG